AUGGUGCCCACCCACGUUACUACUCCAACAAACACACAUAGUCCAAGUGUUGAUAGAGUUGCGACAAACAUAAAUAAUGGGAAUAGUAGUGGAAAUUAUGGUGGUGCGCCAAGCUUAAAUAAUGGGAGCUCACAUGGGGUCCAAGGCAAUCAUAGUAGUGUGGAAAACAUAAAUAAUGGGAGUAAUGGUCAUGGUGCACAUUCGUAUGGGGUCCAAGAAGAAAAUUGUCAUGGUGCACACUCACGUGAGAUCCAAGAAGGAAAUUGGCAUGGUGCACACUCACAUGGGGUCCAAGAAAGAAAUUGUCAUGGUGUGGCAAAUACAAAUAAUGGUAGUGGAAAUAAAAGCUCACAUGGCAGCUCACAUGGGGUCCAAGGACAGUAUGAUGAUGCGAAAACUAUGAAUAAUAGUAAUAAUAAUAGCAAUUAUGAUGGAAACUCAUAUGGGAUCCAAGAAAAAAGUCACGAUGAUGGCAAUAAUAAUAGCAAUUGUGGUAAUAGCAUGUGUGGGGUCCAAGAAGAAAAUCACGUUGGUAGCAAUAAUAAUAGCAAUUAUGAUAGCUCGCGUGGGGUCCAAGGAGAGAAUAGUAUAUAA